AUGCCUCCUCCCCAAACGCCAACACGGCGUCGAGAUCUAGAAAUUGCCAAGCGGCAGUUCACCUUUCUCGUGUCGAUCACGGCCACCAUCUUCAUCCUCUGCCCUGAAUGCCUGAGAAUCUACAGAAACCUCUGCAUCGUUCCAGCCUUGGCGUGGCUUACUGGGUUUGCGUUUGACUUGAUCAACUCGCUGAGCAACACUUGGGACAAUGCCCCAGCUGUAUUGAAAUACUUCAUCCCCGUCGACAUGAACGUUCCCAUUACAGCCCCCUUUGACCAAAUCAGCACUUACGUCGGCCCCACCCUGUCUUGGGCAACCUCCCGUGCCAGGCUCAUGGCUCUAGAGGCAAAAGCUCGAAUCAUGGCGUUGAGGCAGGUAGUUCUCCUUGUUCUGGCUAAUUGGUUCUUGCAUCAACUUGGGCUAGGAGAAAGUGUAGGUGGAGAAUCCGAGGACGGUGCGCAGGGCCCGUCCCCGAUAUCCGACCGGUGGUAUGGAAUUCUUGUCAUGACACCUCCCGUUCACGACUAUGGAUCUCUACCCCUUGCUGCACACACCAGCGAAAGAUCUCAGCCAAUUCCAUGGGAUAGUCACGAGACUUCAUCUUUACCGUCCAUUUUCCCCCCUUCAGACUUUCGAGUCCAUCUCUCGUUCUGCCUCGUUCCUAAAACAGUUUGGGAAUCUCAGGACACGACGGUUGCGGAGAAGCUCAAAGCAGGCCUCUACUGGGAUAUGAGAGGAGAAAAUUGCGGAUCUGAUGGCGAGAUCUGGGCACAAGCACGCGUCCAAAGGAUCACAGGCAUCGAAAUCCUGGGGCUGGUCGACGAAGAUCAAGACGACGUCAACUCCUGCCAUGCGUACUUUGCUGCUUUGCGGCAGGACUGGAACUAUAUGAAGAUCUCCUGGAACGAUGUUGACUUUGCAAUCAUCCUUGGAUUCCUAGUUACCGGACCACAGGCCGCCCAACGCACGAAAAACUUGUUUAUCCGCUUCUCAAGACUACGUAUCAACUAUCUAGUUGGUAGGGGUAAUGUGGUGAGAGCCACGCCCGGGGUCGCUACGGCUCUGACUGCGGGUUUGGCGGCUGCUAUAGUGGGGCCGUUGUUUGUUGCAGGCUGGGCUUCAGCCAUGGGGUCUGGGGUUGACAGGCAUGGAAUUAGUGCACGAGAUGCAGCUAUGUGGAAGAGACGGAUUGAAUGGUGUCAGGAUAUCCAGCAUCGGUUCCCUCGGUUGGAGGAGUUUUUUGAGGAAUGA